ACUUUUGAAGCAAAUGGAACAUUCCGAGGAGCAUUACUACAAAUUGAAUCGAUUUCUUCUGUCGCUUAUCGGACUAUCUCCUUAUCAAAGCAAACGGAGAGCUCAUUUAAUAAGAGCUGUUUUAACGGUCACCAUACUAAUAAGUAUAGGUUCUCUGAUUAAUAGCAUACUGAUUACAUCUGACGUCACUAUGGACUAUAUGGUGGAUUGGUUGUCGGCGGUUCUAAUUGUAUCGGGUAGCCUGAGCAACUUGUACACACGUAUCAUACACGUGGACAAAUUUAGAGAAUUAUUCGAGCGUAUGUCGAAAGACUGGGCGUUGCAAAAGACACACGAUGAGACCAAGAUUAUGCACGAGCAUGCUAAGACCUCAAGAUUAUUCACUCUCUGUUAUCUAA